GUAGGAUAUCGCGGCUUUUGGCUCUCGGCGCCAAGAUGGCGAUGGAGAUGAGGCUUCCGGUUGCUCGCAAGCCUCUUAGCGAGAGUCUGGGCCGCGAGACUAAGAAACACCUGGUGGUGCCAGGGGACACGAUCACUACGGACACCGGCUUCAUGCGGGGCCAUGGAACUUACAUGGGGGAGGAGAAGCUCAUAGCAUCUGUGGCUGGUUCUGUGGAGAGAGUAAACAAGUUAAUUUGUGUGAAAGCUUUGAAAACCAGAUAUAAUGGUGAAGUAGGAGACAUUGUAGUGGGGAGAAUCACAGAGGUUCAACAGAAGAGGUGGAAGGUGGAGACCAACUCCAGGCUGGAUUCAGUGUUGCUUCUCUCAUCCAUGAACCUCCCUGGAGGAGAGCUGAGGAGAAGAUCUGCAGAAGAUGAGCUUGCAAUGAGAGGUUUUUUGCAGGAAGGGGACCUUAUCAGUGCUGAGGUCCAGGCAGUGUUCUCAGAUGGUGCUGUUUCUCUGCACACAAGGAGUCUAAAAUACGGAAAACUAGGUCAGGGUGUUUUGGUCCAGGUUUCCCCCUCCUUGGUAAAACGUCAGAAGACUCAUUUCCAUGACUUGCCAUGUGGUGCCUCAGUGAUUCUGGGUAACAAUGGCUUCAUCUGGAUCUACCCCACUCCUGAGCACAAGGAAGAGGAGGCAGGGGGAUUCAUUGCCAAUCUGGAGCCUGUGUCUCUUGCUGAUCGAGAGGUGAUAUCCCGGCUUCGGAACUGCAUUAUCUCACUGGUAACUCAGAGGAUGAUGUUAUAUGAUACCAGUAUCCUGUAUUGCUAUGAAGCAUCCCUUCCACAUCAGAUCAAAGACAUCUUAAAGCCAGAGAUAAUGGAGGAAAUUGUGAUGGAAACACGUCAGAGGCUUUUAGAACAGGAGGGCUAAGGAGAAAUAUCUGAAAGACGAGACUGUGUACCUGGCUGGAGCAGUGCUUGAAAGUGAGAAAUCUGAUUUAUGGUCCCCAUGUGUGGCUCAGCGAAGAACCAAGAAACUCAUCACUUGAUGCGCAUCGACGGCUGUGGAGCUGUUUCCAGCCCACAGACUUUCUUUCUCCUGUUCUAAGACAAAAGCCUGGGUGGAAGGUGAACAGUUCCUCUGGCUCCUCUGGUUGAAGGCAGAGUCCCAGCACUAGGGGGUAGUUUCAGGUCUUUCAGAGCAUGCAGUGUUCCAGCUGAAUGGACAGCCAUCCUAGAAUAAUGGGGAGAAUCCUUUGUCUUCUACUCACCAUCAUUCAAAAUGUACAAUAUCCCAUGAAAUUGCCCUAUAAAAAACAUGACAUCCCUUACCCCUAAAUUGUCUGUUUUGGCCUCUAUUCCUACCUCCUUCAAAGCACAAGUACAACAAUCCAGUUGUAUUUGAAGAAUAUAGUUGGUAAAGUUAACCCAGUAGUUGAAUGGAAGAAUAAAGUUAACCAAGCAACUAUUUGCUUGAUUUGACUAUAACUUCCCGUUGAAUGCUCUUUCUGUUGAUAGCUGCAAGUAUUGCCACACCAGGCUGUUGUAAACUGUCCUGCCUUUGAGGGAUGAUAAAAAGCUGAAUUAUUAAUAGAAUGAAUAUUCUGGGUCUUUGUACUUUUGAGCACUCCUUUCAUUUAUCAGAAGCUAAAAACAUGAAGACAAAGUAAUAAAAAUGGAGCUGGGAAAAGAA